GCGACUCAGUCGGUGACGUAUUCACGACUGGGUCAUUUAGUGCUCACAUUAACGAGCUUUGUUUGAAAGAAAAUAUUAUGUAACACAGUACCAGAUCAUUGUUUGUUACUUGGUCACUCAUUAAAGCUACUGUUGUCUUUAUUAGACAUCUGCAAUUUGGACAAAAAUGACCGAUCUGACAGAAUCUCUGGUCAAAGAAGGCUGGUACCUCAGUGAUGAAGGCAUAGCGGAACUGAAAGGAUCUGCAGAGAAAGUUACACCGAGUGACCUUAUUCGCAUUGCUCUUGAUAGUGAUCUUAGGCCUAUUGGGAAAAAGGUUCUUCCAUCUGAUAUAAAUAGUGGAAGAACUGAAAAGUUGGAGGGUCCAUGUGUCCUCCAGGUGCAGAAAGUGAGAAACAUCUCGUCUCCCAAAGACCAUGAAGAGUCCCAGGGAGCACCGAGAAUGCUGCGUCUCCAAAUGACAGAUGGGCACACCACCUGUGUUGGACUGGAGUUUAAACAUCUGUCCAAAAUCAGUUUGAAUACACCUCCUGGGACCAAGGUGAAGCUUAUCGGUUCAAUCCAAGUUAAAAAUGGUAUUUUGCUGCUCGAUGACUCAAACAUCCACGUUCUUGGGGGAGAAGUGGAUCAUAUGGUAGAGAAAUGGGAGCUACAAAGGAGUCUGGCCAAACACAGCAGGAGUAACAUUGGAGCAGAAGGUGGACCUCCACCUUUCGUGCCAUUUGGCCAGAAGUGUGGAAGAAAGGAUGACGUAGACAGCAGGGAACUAGAUCAGAGGAAAACCCUGCAGACUCAAAAUGUGAUCAAAAGCACAGACGAGAACGACGAGUUCGAAAAGCAGCGGACGGCAGCUAUAGCUGAAGUUUCGAAGACUAAAGAAGGCCCUCGCACAUUUGGUGGUGGAGGAAAUGCGGGCAGUAAUUUAUCCAAUGCAGCAUCCUUCUCUCGAAGCAGAGACUCUCACCAGCAAAGGAGGCGAGAAGACAAGCCGGAAAGAACAGAAAGCAGACAAGAUGGAAACUAUAGAGAGCUGGUGGAUGAACGGGCUCUGAGAGACAUCAUGGAGAUGGGCUUUAAUAGGGAGGCUGCCCGACAAGCUCUGAUGGAUAACAAUAACAACCUUGAAGUAGCACUAAACAGCCUACUGACCGGAUCUUCCGGUGGCAGACCUGGCUCAGUGGUCCCUGAGCCUAACAAGCCACAACUUAGAGCCAGAGGAAGGGGGAGAGGCAGGUCGAGAAAUGAAGACGAGGAGGAUGGAGCAGGGGGAAGACCUUCUGGACCAAGCACCCUAUUUGACUUUCUAGAGUCCAAGAUGGGAGCUUUCUCCAUUGAUGAGCCAAAGAAUCAGAUAACACAGCGGCAGUAUGAGAACAAAACUAGUUUUUCCAACUCAAACUAUCAUGCCAAAGAUGCAUCCCAGACCAAGUUCUCACACAGUGACCACAGGCAACAGAGGAACGACAGGCCACCCCGCUUUCAUAAGGACACAGAUUUCCCCAAACCUGGGCAGGAGGCAGGCUCAAACUCGGGAACACCCCAAAUGUCGGCUCCUGCCCAGCAGUGGAGGGGCCAGGAGAAAUGGCCCCGGAGCACAUCCGACCGAGCGCAGAACGACAGGAGAGAAAUUAGAGACGAACAGAAUGUUCCCGCCACCAUUAUGUCUCCUCUCACACAUUUAAAAGAAUUUCAGCAGCAGACUGAAUUUAGCGGGGCUUACCACCAACGGUCUCGAAAUGGGAACGGCAGUAGUAUGUCUGGACCGCCUCACAGGCGAGGGGUAAAAGAAAAUGUGCCCACCUCUAAACCCAAUAAUCCUGCAGGAGGGGAAGUAGAUGGAAGAGGAAAUUAUAAACGCUCAGAAAGAAAUGAGGAAGCCGGCAACAACAGGAGGAAGGGUAGAGCCGAGCGGCCAAACUCUGACCACUUUGACAGACAGAGGGACGGUGGGCCGUUGAACUUUAACCCAAGAGGAGGAAACUCAGGAACUUCACAGGAAGUGGGAUUAUCACAGGGCUCCCGAACUGUAACGGGGGAUCCUUCGCACUUCCAAAAUGGAGAGUUGGAACAUAAAAGGACUGGGCCCAUCAAGCCAAUAAACUCACCCUGUCCUCAAAACAGAGAGCAGCAGCCCAAGAGGAACGCUCAUAACAACCAGGGAUCUAAAAGGAGGACAGGGCAAGGCCGAGGUCAGGGACCUAGAGGAACAGAAAAAGGUUACAUCACUGAACAUGCAUGGAAACCUGGAGACGCAUGCCUGGCUCUGUACUGGGAAGACAACAAGUAUUACCAUGCCAGGAUAGAUGCUGUGCAUCCUUCUGGCUUGACAGCGGUGGUCGUGUUUAGUGAUUAUGGAAACUGUGAAGAGGUUCUCCUGCAUAACAUCAGACCUGUUCCUGAUGACAUGAUGGAGGAAGAUGACGGUUACUAUGACAGUUCACUGGAGUUUCGCCGUGGAGGUGAUGGACAGCCGAGACGCUCGAGGCCCACGCAGCAGUACUACCAGCCGCCCCGGGCGCGUGAUUGAUGUUUCUGUGUUUACACUGGCAGUGUGAUCGUCCCCCAUGCCUCAACUUUCUGCAAGAAUCCAGAGUGCUUCCUGAAGUUUUUAAAUGUCCACAUCCCACGGACUAACAGAACUUUUCAAAGGGCUUGCACAUAAUGCAAAAAUAAUAAUUAAAAAAACACAUAAACUCCUGUUGUUUUUUUGGUCAAGGACAUAUCUACUGUAUAUGUUUUGAAGAUUUGUUAAAUGGAUGCAUCAAAAAUAAACAACUAAUUAAUAGUAAAUGCA